AUGCCCAGCUUCUUUCAAUUCACCCAGGGCUCUGAAUCGCGCGUCCGCCCUACAGACUCAUCACCUCUGCUCGGCCGCUACCGAGCCGUGCCUCCUCGGCAGCGUCGACCCAGCAGCCCCCUAGGCCUUCUCUCCGCUCACUAUGAAAAUGGGCGCGACAGCAUACAUGUUGGUUACGGAGCGCUGAUUGUGGCUGAGAUUGAGGCCGGGCUUCUGGACGGUCGAGAUGGCUCCAGUGCCGGUGACAUGACCGACGAUGGCGAGUCAAGAUCGAGAUGGGAGAGGCUGUGGCAGAGCUACUUCAUCAACUUGUUUGUGAAUCCGAGGCCGUCGGCCGUGAAGCGCGUCGUGGACAGGUGGUGGAGUCGAUAUGGGCUGCUUGUCUUCCUUCCUGCGGCGCUGGCCGUUGCAUGGUGUGCGGUGCCGUUCCCGCAGUACUCGAUUCCGGACGAGGGCGACGAUGGCGAUAUUGCGACUGGCCUCUGGCUGCGACUUACACAAUCCGUGGCCACGUUCGACAGCAAGAUCCCCGGUCACGGAGAGGCCCGCGUGCAGGUCAACUUUUGGUUCUUUCUCUUCGUCUACUACGGCUUCUAUAACCUCAGCGCGCUGAUUUGGAUCACCAAAGUGUUUAAUCUCUACAGCUUGAACUGGUGGCCGCAGUCUUUUGGCUUCCCCGUGACGGUCUCUUUGCUCGCCGUCAUUUCUCUUGCUGUUCCCAUUCCCGUCUAUUUUUCGCCUUCUACUCGCUUCCUCACAGCCCACAACACAGCCUGGGUAUCAUGGACCUUCAUCGUCAUGGCCAUGCCAGUCGCCAUCUCCUUUCUCAUCCUCAUGACAAACGAGCGCCACAUCAAGCUACGGCACUCACUCUCAGAGACCCAGCGCAUCUUUACGACUUCGUGGUGGACCGGGGAGCCUGACUCUUUUCCAAACAGACAGCGCCGGCGCCACGACCUCACCGACGACCUCUGGGAGCAAGAAGUUUUGAGGGUUCUGCCUCCGUCUGGCACGUCUAGGGUGGCGCUGCGACGAGGAUGGCUGCCGGCAAGCUUUGUGAGGUUCUUGUGGUUCUGCGUAGCGCUCUUCAUUGGGCUGAUGGCCUAUGUCCUCGGAGAGGCGUAUGCCGAGAUUUACCUCCGCACGUUGCCUCAUAACAGUUUCGAAACUGUUGUGUACGUGUAUGGAUGGGUGGUGACUGUGCAUUUGCUCGAUGCUCUCACGGGCUGGGUGCUGGGCAUCAAGGAAGGCGAGCGCGUUGGGAGUUAUCCCUUGAGCUGGGUCUUUAAGCUCUACUUCAUGUUGACAUACCAGACCUACGUUCGAGCUCUAUACGCCCGCCUCCGCUCCCCGUCCCAGUUCGUCAUCCUUCAGAUCCUCUCUUCCACGGGGCUAGUCAUCAUCACACCCAUCAUGAUGACUCGCCUAUUUCACAGAAUCUUGACCAUGCUAGGCCUUAGUGGGCUGACGUAUGGCACGUAUCAAAAGCUGCAAACUCGAAACCUCUUCAUCCGCUUCCUGGCCGAGAACACGUCCAUGGCCACCUUCCUGGGCAGCAUCCUGGUGCUCCACUUUGGCGCCAACAAGGACGUGUACCCGUACUUUGCCUUUGAUAAAGCCGAGGACGAGACGCUGCAGUACGACUUUAACCUCACCUUUUACGCUUCGAUGGUGACGUGGGGGUGCGAGCUGGUUGCCAGUCUCGCCGUGCGGGGGCUGAUUGCGCUCUUCUUUGGCAUCGACGUUGGAUUGGAGGGCAAGUUGGAUCUGGCUGUUUGGCCGGAGCUUUUGCCCACCAGCGUGGCUGUCAUGCUUCACGUUUUGCAGAAUAUGCUGUUUUCCAUUAUACGUUUGCAGUUUCGCACAUGA